UAUUUACCCUCUUGCUCAGUUAGAGACAGGAGAGGGCAUGGCAAUUCCAGCCAAUCCGGAUUAUUAGCCUCCCCAAUGUCACUCACAAACGUAAGUAUUGGAAUCUGCUUACUCAGGUCCAGGAAACACACCAAGUGUUGACGCAAGUAAGCUUACCUCCCCACUCACCGUUCAUCCCAUAGGUCACAUCGUAAGUUUGUUUCGGCCAAGUCAACAUAUCUGUGCCUCUCUAGGUGACGAGUCGAUUUCUAAUUAGGUCGAGUGCAGGCAGUUACGACAUGCCACUGCGGGCUAAGGGUGUCGGCCACAGUACGUGAGAGCAUCUGUGUCACAUAGAACAGGUAUAUUUAUUGGCCAAACUUCCAUUUCUCCAUCUCAAUUUCGUCUCUUCCGGUGUGAGCUCUCAAAUACCGUCCGCACUAUACCAGUCUCGCACCCAUCCAAACGCACAAAAGCAAAAAUGCAGCUCUUCAUCCUCGCCUCCUCUCUCCUGCUGGGACUCGCGAUGGGAGCCCCGGCCCCCGUGUCAGCGGCGGCAAUCGACUCGCGCCAGACUGCCCCGGCUCAAGGGACGUGUAGCACCGUGACAAACCAGUGCACCAUCGUGACGCCGGCGGGGCUUGCCGGCUUGCAGGUCAACUGCGCAUAUGGCGGCGGGAUCGGGCCCAUCUUCCCCGGGCACAACUGCACUGCUACUGGGAAUCCGUGCACAUGGAGUGGUCUCUUUGGCCCUGUCAACUGCACUUGAGUGUUUUCUCUUGAGCAGAAUUCCCAUUUCAGGCGGAAUGAGAAGGUGAUGGGCUCCUCAAGGCAAGCUAGAUCGCUGGAUAAUGUGUGAUACUGUGCGUAUGAGUUGAUUUGUGUGUUUCUACUGCCGACAGUUCAUUCAAAGUGCAAUAUUAUUUGUCGUGGUUUCAAAAGACGCUCACCUGGAUAAUGACUAUCUCAUAAUCGUGCCAUGCAUUGUUG